AUGUUUGAACAAUAAUUUUUGGAACAGCGCAAAUCCAAACAAGAACAAGUAGUCAAUACGAAAUCUCGACAUCUAAUUGUUAUGAAUUAGUUAAAGAAGAAAGAAGAAAAUUGGAAUAAUAGAUUUUAUGUUUAAAAUUAAAAUAAAAAUGAAUCCGUGGAAAAAUAGAAGCCAAAGUAGAUCCACAACACAUCAAAGUUAAUUGAAAUUCAAGAUUAUUACAAUAUCCCAGAGUUUCAUAGAUAGUUGUUUUUGAUGUGUCUGCAAACACUACCAAAAAAUAAUUAAGCAAUUCAAUUUGAAAUAGAAGAAAUGUAGCAAAAGAAAUCUCAUAUCUAACUAUGUAUGCAAGCUGUCGAAGCCAGGGAAAAGUGCUUAGCCUUCUUGAUUAAUCACAUCCACUAAAUUUAAGACAACCCUGGAGAUGAGCAACUCCUUCAAAAGAGUGCAGAAUUAAUAACACAUCUCAGGAUCCUCUCAAUCAACGUAGUAGAACAAAUCCUUGGUUGGAGACAAUACCUAAUGAAAUUCCUGGUUAACAUCCAUUCACAUGAGAGCAUUUCACUUCCCUAUCUAUACCUAAGAGAAAACUAUUUGAUCAAGAUGAGAAAGGACAUUCAAUACAUAACCAAUUCAAUUCUAUCAAACUAUUAUCAAUUUUCAAUCAAACCAGAUCCUUUCUUUGUUGCUAUAACCAAAUCAGCUGAAGAUCCCAACAAGAUUGUCUAGUUCAUUUCUAAGCCUCUCUUGAAAAGAAUUAAAAAUUGUGAAAUUAUGAUACAAGACGAAGUUAACUCAAUUUGCAAAGAUGAUAGAUCUAUUCACAAUCAAGCAAACUCAAAGGACAAAAUUCAAAUGAGUCCAGAAAAAGCAAUUCAACCAGGACGCAUAAGACCUCCUAAGAGAUAAGAACAAAGUUAAAAUCAAAAACAUCACGAUCAAAAUGAAAUCAGUAAUCAGCAACAAAAUUCAGUACCUAAAAAUAUCCCAUUAAGAUAAAUAAAUAAAUAAGGAAGUGCCACUCCUUAGAAAUAAAACUCAGUCAAAGUUACACCACAUGAUUCUAAUCAUAAGUAAUAAGCAUAAUAGAGUCCUCCUCAAUCUGAUUAAAAGCAAUCUUCUUCAAUUCAUGCGGCUGGUCCUACAGUUGAACAACAAAAUUUAUUUACAGAAGAUGAUGACACAUUUAAAGUAAAGAAGUGUCAACUAAGUGAUCAAAAUGUUAUUGAUCAUUUAAAUAACAUCAAUGAAGAUUUCAAAAAAUCAUGGAGAGGAGAAAUUUAAUUAAUGCAAAAUCAAUAUGAUUAAUAAGAUGAUAGUUUUUGUUUAGGAAUAUAUUUUAAGGAUUAGAUGUUGGCUUUGGGAUAGUGCUAUUUAGAUUAGUCACUUUAAGAGAGAAAAUUGAUAUUAAGUCACUUUUCGACAGCAGAUCCAUUGUAAUUUCAAAAAUUACUUAAAGUUAUUCUACAAUUCAUUUGGGAAAUCGACCCUUGCUUAGAGAUUAGAAUGUCUUUGUACCAUUACAAUCAGAAUGAUUCAUUCUAAGCCAAUAAGGAAAUUACAACUAAAUUGAAAGAAUUAGGAUUCAAGUGGAAAGUGGUACAAAGUGUUAAUUCUGAAACAAGAUUCACAGUAAUGGCCAUUAGAAGACCUUCUGAUUUAGAUCAGCCGAAAUAGUUUGAUCCCAUAUUUUUAUAACAUCUUUACCUUACUUGCGAUAAUAAUACAAUAUUAAGCACUGAUGCAUUUACUUCAUUGUACUGUCUGACAACUCUGAAUACUAAAGUAGAUUUAGAUGAUGAAAUCAUUCAUUAGCACAAAGAAAAUCUUAUAAGCUCAGAAUUUGGAUUUAAGGGAAUUAAAUUACAAGAACAAACUAGUGAUGAGUUUCAUGCAUACACUAAACAAUAUUUUGAAGGUUUCGAUUAACUUAAUCCGUUCAUUUCUGAAGUUUCUCUUUCAUCAAAUAAAGUGAUUAGCAGUUUUUGUAAAGAAUGUUAUAGAUGGGCAAAGUGUAAAUUAGCUCAGCAUCAAAGGCAUAUCUAUAAUGGAUUUCAUGUUGCUUAAAAUGCUGAUAAUGCAAAGGUUUUCAUGUCUGAUUCAGGAAGCAUAAAGGUUUAUUUAAUAUCGACUGAUUAAAGCAGUACAAGCAUUUUUGUGUUUGAAUGUAAAUUUAUGAAAUAUGUUAUAGAUAAUGAUGAAAUCUCAUUGCAAAAGAUUUAGUCCAUUCUUAAUUAAUGUGGAGCUUAGGUGCCAAUUGAUUAAAAUCUUUAUAUUCCCUAAUUCAUUGUUAAUAGUAAGGUUAAGUUUUCAGAAAAUGUAAUUGGAUUAGGGAGGUUUAGUACUGCUUAUAGACCAAAGAUGGUUGACAUCUAAAAUGCCUAAGGCUAUAUAAUGAAACCUCCUUUUAUUUUUGGAAUGAUAAAUGAAGAUUUUAAUGAGGUCACAGGAAUGCCCAACUUGUUUUUUAAAGUUUAGGAUACUCACUGUAUCUAACUAUGA